GGCAUAAUAGACAUGACCCUCACUAGUCUCUCUGACCCUUCGUUUAUAUAUGUGUAUAUAUAUAUAUAUAUAUCCCCGAUCGACCUCGAUCUCCUUUGAAACCCAAACACAAUUUGCAAUUUGCACUACUUUUUGUCUUUCUGACCUCUGAGAUGGGCAAGCUGAGUUAUAUUCUACUUGUGUGGUCGCUUUCUCUUUGUUUGUUGUGUCUCUUCCCUAUUCCCUCUUCAGCGCAACUCAAACAAAAUUACUACGCCAAUGUUUGCCCCAAUGUUGAAUCCAUUGUUAGAAAUGUGGUCAAGACCAAAUUCCAACAGACUUUCGUUACUGUUCCUGCAACUCUCCGUCUCUUUUUCCAUGAUUGUUUUGUCCAGGGCUGCGAUGCUUCGGUUAUAAUUGCUUCUGCUGGAGGAAACACUGCAGAGAAGGACCACCCUGACAAUCUAUCAUUAGCCGGAGAUGGUUUCGAUACAGUGAUCAAAGCCAAAGCCGCAGUCGAUGCAGUUCCUGCUUGCAAAAACAAAGUCUCUUGCGCUGAUAUUCUUGCUAUGGCAACCAGAGAUGUCAUUGCACUGUCUGGUGGGCCAUCAUAUGCGGUUGAGUUGGGAAGAUUGGACGGACUGAGUUCAACCUCUGCAAGUGUAAAUGGAAAGCUUCCACAACCUACUUUCAACCUCAACCAGCUCAAUUCCAUCUUUGCAGCCCAUGGCCUCACUCAGACUGACAUGAUUGCUCUCUCAGCGGCGCACACCCUUGGAUUCUCUCAUUGUAGCAAGUUUGCGAACCGGAUUUACGGAAACCCAGUCGACCCCACCAUAAACAAAACUUAUGUGGGUCAGCUCCAAGCGAUGUGCGAAGAUGUUGACCCAAGGAUAGCCAUCAACAUGGACCCGAUCACCCCUAGAAAAUUUGACAACGUCUACUACAAGAAUCUUCAACAAGGUUUGGGUCUAUUCACUUCUGACCAAAUCCUCUUUACGGACCAAAGAUCUAGGCCCACUGUCAAUGCAUGGGCCACCAGUUCUACGGCCUUUGAGAAAGCUUUCGUCACUGCCAUGACCAAGUUGGGCCGGGUCGGAGUCAAAACCGGUAAAAAUGGGAAUAUUCGUAGAGAUUGUGGUGCUUUUAAUUAAUUCAAGACGACGCCGUUGUCUAUCCUCUCUCCCCUCCCAAUCCUCUUUUAAAAUUUGAAGAUGAACCGGAAUGCAACCCGGAUUUCUUGAAGACUUUAGUUGGAAAAUAAAAUUAAAAAAAAAAAAGAAGUUAGAUUUUAUUAAUUAAUGGAGUUUAUAGUUUCGAUAAAGGAAAGUGUUUAUUUACAUGGAUUUGUCAAAAAUGAAUAAAAAUGCAAAGAAGAUGUUAAAAUUAUAUGAAAAGUAAUUUGGGAAUAUCCACAGCUUGGUUUGUUGUGGUCUGAUCUGGGGUUUGAAUCAAUUGUAUUAUUAAAUAAUAAAUGUGAGUUUCUCUUUCUUUCA